UUUGUCCUCUCCGUUUGCAGGCCUGUGGCGUUGUCGGCCGGAGCUGAAGAAACAUGGCAGAGGAGCCGAAAGACGACCAACCGGUCGCGAAGUUCGACCUGGAGAAGGAAACGGAGCUGCGGUUUGAGGUGGAAGCCAACGAGACGGUGCAGCUAGAGCUUUUGUCGGGCAUGGCUGAGAUCUUCGCCACCGAGCUGACCCGCAACAAGAGGUUCACUUUCGACGGAGGCUCCAAGGUGGCGGUGUUCACCUGGCACGGCUGCUCGGUGCAGCUGCAAGGCCGCACGGAGGUGGCGUACGUGUCCCGUGAGACCCCCAUGCUGCUGUACCUGAACUGCCACGCCGCCCUGGAGCAGAUGAGGCAGCAGGCCGAGCAGGAGGACGAGCGCGGGCCCCGCGUCAUGGUCGUGGGCCCCACCGACGUGGGCAAGACCACAGUCUGCCGCCUGCUGCUGAACUACGGCGUGCGGCUGGGCCGCCGCCCCACCUUCGUGGACCUGGAUGUGGGCCAGGGCUCCAUCUCCAUCCCCGGCACCAUGGGGGCACUGUACAUCGAGAGGCCGGCCGACGUGGAGGAGGGAUUCUCGGUACAGGCACCGCUGGUUUAUCACUUCGGCUCUACCACCCCGGGGACCAACAUCAAGCUCUACAACAAGAUUACGUCACGCCUGGCUGAAGUGUUUAACCAGCGGUGUGAGGUGAACCGUCGAGCAGCCACCAGCGGUUGCGUCAUAAACACAUGCGGCUGGGUCAAAGGCUCGGGUUACCAGGCCCUGGUACACGCAGCCUCGGCCUUUGAAGUGGACGCUGCCAUCGUCCUGGACCAGGAGCGCCUGUACAAUGAGCUGAAGCGUGACCUGCCGCACUUUGUGAAGACGGCCCUGCUGCCCAAGUCAGGAGGGGCGGUGGAGCGCUCCAAGGACUUCCGGAGGGAGAGCCGCGAUGAGAAGAUCCGAGAGUAUUUCUACGGCUUCCGCGGCAGCUUCUACCCCCACGCCUUCGACGUGCGCUUCUCCGACGUGCGCAUCUUCAAGGUGGGUGCCCCCACCAUCCCUGACUCCUGCCUGCCCCUGGGGAUGUCACAGGAAGACAACCAGCUGAAGCUGGUACCAGUGCAGCCUGGGCGUGACCUGGUGCACCACCUGCUCAGCGUUAGCACAGCUGACUCGCCUGAGGACAACCUGAUCGAGACCAGCGUGGCAGGUUUCAUCGUGGUCACCAGCGUGGACGUGGAGCGGCAGCUCUUCACCGUGCUCUCUCCGGCCCCCCGGCCCCUCCCGAAGAGCAUCCUGCUCAUCAUGGACAUCCGCUUCAUGGACCUCAAGUAGGAGGGACGGGGGCAGGACCACUCUUAAACCCCUCCCUUACCAUGCCCCCUUACCCUCUCCUAUCUCCCUUGCCCUCGUCAACGUGCUCCUGUGGAGAGACAACCUGUGGCCACUCUGACAAGACAAACCUUAGCAAAACAUUUAUACUGA